CGCGGCAGAAUAUAUAAAUCACUCAUAAAAUUAUAUUUCUUGUUCGUGGUGAAACUCAAACUUAUAUGUGGAUGCAAUGCAGACGGUAGGCUCAUGACACAUGGACCUACAUGAUAUGAUGUGGAUUUUCAACCGUCCAAAAUAGCCCGCUUUAGCCAAAGGCUGAAGGAGUUUGGCCUACAACCGCGAAGAUGGCCGAAGUCGACGUUCAUCAGAGACACAUGUUGAUGAUUAUUAAUCCACAUGAAGCCACGCUGUGACUUGCCCCUUCAGAAGGAUGUGGCGCCUUGUCAUUCAUCUAAAAUUGGUUUGUCAUGAUAUCCACAGGAGGGAGGAAGUGCUGAAGAGACCGUUUUUCAAUGACCUACUGCAACAUGUGCCACUUUGGACCCCCAAAGUUAUAAUACUUUUUCGAUCAUUUGCUGAAUUUGACAAUGAUUUCGCAGGUAUUCAUCUUGACCUCUAAGGGAGAUCAUCUUUUAUACAAAGACUUCCGUGGAGAAGCUGGAGUUGAUUCCAUCAGUGCUUUCUAUGAAAGUAUGACUGCAUUAAGUGGCGAUCAGCCUCCUGUUGUCAUGACCCAUAAAGGCAUGCAUUUCAUACACGUCCGUCAAGGAGGGCUUUACUGGGUUGCCUCUACUAAGACCAAUGCCUCUCCAUUUACCAUAAUCGAGUUCCUUAAUAGAUUAACAGCUUUGACAAAGGAUUAUUGUGGGACUUUGUCUGAGAAAUCAGUCAGAGCAAACUUUGCUCUUAUAUACGAACUUUUGGAUGAAAUGGUGGAUUAUGGCUACAUCCAGACCACCUCCACUGACAUUCUCAAGAACUUCAUUCAGACAGAAGCGGAGAGCUCCAAACCAUUCAGUCUGUUUGACCUGAGUAACGUUGGGCUGUUUGGGGCAGAGACACAGCAGAGUAAAGUGGCCCCUAGUGCAGCAGCAAGUCGCCCCAUUAUGGCUAACCGUGGAGAACAGGGUGGAAAAAAUGAGAUAUUUGUGGAUGUGAUUGAAAGGCUUGCUAUGGUCAUUGGUGCUAAUGGCAUUAUAAUGAAAGCAGAUAUAGAAGGAGAGAUCAGGGUGAAAUGUUAUCUGCCGAACUGUUCAGAGAUGAGAAUCGGACUGAAUGAGGAGCUCAGCAUUGGAAAAUCACAGCUUAGAGGCUAUGGAUCAGCAGUGCGUGUGGAUGAGUGCAGUUUCCACCAGGCAGUUAAAUUGGACGAGUUUGACACAUACAGAAUCAUAAAAGUUUGCCCUAGCCAAGGCGAGCAAACAGUCAUGCAGUAUCAGGUCUGUGAUGACUUGCCGUGCGCGCCACCUUUUCGUUUGUUCCCCUCAGUGGAGAGGGACAGUGGGAAUAGAUUAUUGAUGUACCUGAAGCUACGCUGUGAUCUGCCUCCAAAGAGUGCUGCUAUCAACGUGGCCAUCACAGUUCCUGUUCCAAAGGGUUCAGUAAGUCUCUCCCAGGAACUGAGUAGCCCAGACCAGCGUGCAGAGCUUCAGCCCAAAAAUAAAGCCGUUCUCUGGGAGAUCCCUCGCUUCCCGGGAGGCUCACAGCUCUCGGCACUUUUUAAGCUGGAGGUUCCAGGACUCUCCUCAGCAUCUCUACUGGAGGUGGGACCGGUCGGCAUGUGCUUCGAGCUGCCAAAGCACACCUGCACAGGACUUCAGAUACGAUUCCUCCGCUUGACCCCAACUCAGCCAGGACUGUCUCAACGUUGGGUCCGCUACGUGACCCACUCGGACUCCUAUACCAUCCGAGUCUGACUCAAAAGUGAAAGGACACAAACAUUCAACAGUUCUCCUGUUGGUCUUGUGAAAUGUUGGACUGUGUGGCUGUGUACUUUUGAAGAUGAAUGCUUGUUCUACAAUAUAGCCUACUACUUGUCUUGUAUUAUUGUGUACUGUUUUGUGCUGUAUCACAUUGUUGUAUGCCUCUGGAGCCCAAAUAAAAUAAAUUGUAACAUUUUUCAUUACAGUGCUAAAAAUAAUAUGCAGUAAAUGUUUUUUUUAUGCCCAUAAUCAAAGUAAUGUAUAAUGUGAGACCGCCAUUUAAUAAAUAAAUAUUAUUUAUUCUA